AUGUCGACCGACAAGAUUACCUGCCUUCUGAACUGGCACGCCACGCCCUACCAUCUGCCCCUCUUCCUCGCCGAGAAGCUCAACUACUUUACGGAGGAGGGCAUUAAGGUUGCGAUCCUCGAGCCCAACAACCCCUCGGACGUGACCGAGAUCAUUGGUUCCGGCAAGGUCGACCUCGGCUGCAAGGCCAUGAUCCACACCAUCGCCGGCAAGGCCCGUGGGUUCCCCAUCAAGGCUAUCGGCACCUUCCUUGACGAGCCCUUCACCGGCGUCGUCUACCUCGAGUCCCAGAGCGGUAUUACCACUGAUUUCCAGAGCUUGAAGGGUAAGCGUAUCGGAUACGUCGGCGAGUUUGGAAAGAUCCAGCUCGAUGAGCUGACCAAGUACUAUGGCAUGGUCCCUGCUGACUACACUGCUGUCCGUGUCGGCAUGAACGUCACCGGUGCGAUCAUCCGUGGCGAGAUUGAUGCCGGUAUUGGUCUUGAGAAUGUCCAGAUGGUUGAGCUGGAGGAGUGGUCUGUCCUUCAGGGUCGUUCUCGUGAUGAUGUCAAGAUGCUCCGUAUUGAUGAGCUUGCUGAACUGGGAUGCUGCUGUUUCUGCUCGAUCCUGUUCAUCGGCAAUGAAACCUUUAUCAACAACAACCCCGAAAAGGUCGCGUCCUUCAUGAAGGCUAUCAAGCGCGGUGCAGACUACAUGUUUGCCAACCCUGCCGCCGCCUACGAGCUCUUUGUCGAGAUGAAGCCCCACAUGGACUCUGUUGUCAACCGCAAGAUCUACCAACGCUCCUUCCGCUACAUGUCGCGCGACCUCAAGAACGUCCAGCGUGACUGGGACAAGGUCACCCGGUACUGCAAGCGACUCGAGAUUGUCGACGACUCGUUUGUCCAGAACAUGACCAACGAGUUCUUGACCUGGCCUAUGCAGCCCGAUACCCCCUCGGGGUUCAUCCACCCAACCAUCGAUACUGGCGUGCUGGCCAAGUGUGGUGGCUGCGACCGCGGCGCGGACUUGCGUGUUGCUGCUGUUGAGGCGUAA